AUGAACAGCGGCAGGAGGCAGCAGGUUGAUGAGUCGGGACCAGAUCCUGAUUUCGUUUCCAAACCAGCAGAAUUGCCUUCCGAUUAUUGCUCCGACUGGAUUUGUGAGCUAGCUUUGCAGAACUCGGAUCGUAUAAUGGCAACAACUGAGAAUGACAAUGAUUAUUUGACUCUUGAAAGUGUUCAGUACAUUUUUACCGUUUGCGUUCGCUUGCGUCUUCCACACGAUAUACGAUAUUUAGCGGUUUUAAUAUUUUCACGAUUUAUGCGUAUUCAUUCCAUGCAAGUCCUUAAUUUUUUAAAUUAUGUUAAAAUGAGCGAUUCUCGCCGUCUUCGAGAAUGGGAUAAAGUGGAGGCCAAUUUAUCUAGACAAACAACUCUUCGUAUGCUUUCCUCCAUACAGAUUGCAUCCAAAGUGCUUAGCUACCACGAUAGUCUCUCUUCAAAGCAAAUAUGCUCUUGUUUGCGUUCGCUAGGAUUUGCUUACACCCAACGGGCAGCAUUGAAAUCAGAACUGCGUAUUCUAAAAACGCUCAAUUUUCGCCUACCUCAGUCUCCUUUGGUUUAUUCAGAAACUCUCCUUAAAUCUAUUGGUUUGGCUGAUGUUGAGCGUGUCAAGGCUGACUGGAUGCUGCUCGGUGCAAGCACAGUGGCGGCUGCAGCUAUGUGUGUACUAGCUGCACAGUACUAUGAGCAGAUGCUGUCGGAUCUCUCGAAACUGGCAGGAACACCACGUGAGGACGUUGCUCAAAUGGCUUUUGCCAUCACACAUGUCACAUUACUGCUUCAACGGUCACCCUCGUUCACUAAAGAGAUA